CUUCGCAGGAGGGACUCUUUGAAGGGGCUGGAGCUGGACGUGUGAAAUGGCCGCGAAGGUGUUCGAAAGCAUCGGGAAGCUUGGCCUGGGCUUGGCUGUCGCGGGUGGAGUUGUCAAUUCUGCCCUUUACAACGUUGAUGCGGGUCACAGAGCUGUCAUCUUUGACCGGUUCCGCGGGGUCCAGGACACGGUGGUAGGAGAAGGUACCCACUUCCUCAUCCCCUGGGUACAGAAACCCAUCAUUUUUGACUGCCGCUCUCGCCCCCGCAACAUUCCUGUGAUCACCGGCAGCAAAGAUCUACAGAACGUGAACAUCACGUUGCGUAUCCUGUUCAGACCAGUGACUGCCCAGUUACCGCGGAUUUUCACCAGUAUUGGAGAGGACUACGACGAGCGUGUCCUGCCCUCAAUCACAACCGAAAUCCUCAAGUCUGUUGUGGCUCGCUUUGAUGCGGGAGAGCUGAUCACCCAGAGAGAGCUGGUCUCGAGGCAAGUGAGCGAAGACCUCACGGAGAGAGCAGCCACCUUCGGGCUCAUUCUGGACGAUGUGUCCUUGACCCACCUGACCUUUGGCAAGGAGUUCACGGAGGCGGUCGAAAUGAAGCAAGUGGCCCAGCAAGAAGCAGAGCGAGCCAGAUUCAUCGUGGAAAAGGCGGAACAGCAGAAGAAGGCAGCUGUCAUCUCUGCUGAGGGAGACUCGAAAGCAGCCGAGCUGAUUGCCAACUCCCUGGCCACUGCAGGCGAUGGCUUGAUUGAGCUGCGCAAGCUGGAGGCAGCUGAAGACAUCGCGUACCAGCUCUCACGGUCCCGCAACAUCACCUACCUGCCCUCUGGACAGUCUGUGCUCCUCCAGCUGCCGCAGUGAGCCUGGCUCUGCAGCCAUAGCUAGCCUGGUCACCUCCACCUACCAGAUCAGCCCUUUCCAAAAGAAUCUUUGCAAUUUCCUCGUUGGUAAAAGCAGAGGAAAUUAAAAUUCAACCCAUUUCGAAUUCUUAAUCAAAUAAAACAACACUCUUGACAACGCAUUCCUCCCACCUACGGUCAGAGCUGUGGCUCCGCUGACCAUUGAGCUAGGUUUGAGAAUUGCCCCUUUCCAGGCAGUUUGAGCAACAGGAGCAGAGUUUUCAUCUGCUCACUCCUGGGACGAGCAGGUAGCCCAGGUGACUCCCUGACCACCAGGGUGCUGUAUCAAUCCGGUUUCACAGCAAAGCUUCAGUGCCUUUAGGCUGGCUGAGCCAGGGCCCUUACAGACUUGCAGGUCCUGCACUACGGAACAGGGACGCUCAGGGCUCGCUCUUCAGUCAAGCCAGGCUCUUUUUCGGGUGUCAGCCGAGAGAAAGAGGACAUCUCAGCUGUUAGGACAGUGGCUCUGCUGUGCCUGUGCGAACCAUAGCGCUGCCAGCUGGGGGCACAGAUCGAGUGGGUUGUGGCUGGGGGUCAGAAUAGCAGAGAUUCACUUUAAGUACUAGAUGGAUUUCAGGCACGGGGGAGAAGAUACUUCCUCGGCAGGAAAUACUUCUCAUGUACAUGCUGGAAAUGGGACAUCUCUGCUUCUCCCCCUGCUGCCGCACACUGAUCUGUUUGCUGCCACUUGCCCUGUUGUGCGGCGUUGUUGUUUUCACCAAGAUCAGUACAAGCGGUGGUUGGCCUAUUCCAGAAGGCACCUGGGACAAAGAUGACUCGGUGCUCCGUGGCUCAGGCAGUCGGAGGUGGGCAGAAUUCUCCGUUACAUUAGUGCUCUUUUUAUUUAGGGAACCUGAAUUGUGUGGAGGAUGUGAUGGGUGAGAUUGUAUAACCAGCCUUCAAUAAAUGUUACGGUCCCAAGUGUAGUAUUGUGGGGGUUUUUUUGAUAUCUCAGAACAAUGAAGGUUGGGUCAGUGGAGCAAGACGCCUCAUCCUUGUGCUAGAUUAUGUGGGUAAAAGUCACUUAGCACAGGCAAAUAGGUCUUGCUCUUGACAAUUUAAAAGCUUGCAAUACAAUUCUUAGGCUGAAUUCCUGCAACACGGUAAGGCUGAGAGUACCUUGAGGUUAUUGUGAGGGCUUUUAAUCGCUUUCCAUGCGCAGUUCAGGCUGUUGUUUACUGCAUGUACGUACAUUUUUCCAGGGUGUUCUUCUGAUGCAACACCAUGCUUUCAGAAAGAAAACGGGGGUGUGUUGUACCAGAUGCAGCCUACAGUGAACUUCUAACCUGUGGGCGGCUGUCGGAAGGCAGGGUGCUAGCCUGGCACGCCAUUUACCCCCUCCCUGCAAACAGGGUGCUCGUACCAUGUCUGUUGUGCCGGCACAGCGCAGUCUUAGGUGGGUGUCAUCGCUACCCUGACGGCGUUGAGCCCUCGGGAAAGCUGCUGUGAACAGUGGGCUCGUUUCGAUGCCAGCCACUUUGGGUUGUUGCCUUCGCCUCUGGCGAAGUGGAAAGCCUUGCCUGCUUUUUCUGCUGGGCAGGGUACGCUCUUGCAGUGAUGAGGUGCCUGAGCUUGCAAAAUAUUUUAAGCAGCUGAGCAGUCAGGUCCAUAACUCCCAAAUAAGUUCCAGACCUCUUCCCCCUCCGGUGCUCUUGUGCUUUAGUCUUCUGGUUUACCGCUUCAGACACUUGUAAGGAAGCUUCCACUGUUCUCCCAAGGCUCCCUUUAAAGCCCCCUUAGUGUUUCCUGCAUUUCUCUCCGUUAGUUUCAUGCACCAGGUGUUGGGCUCAAAACAGUGUGUCUGAAAUCCCUUCUCUGCUUCUGUGGCUCUGCGUUGCCUCUCCCUCCAGUUCUGCAUUUUCAGUGGAGUGUGGAGUGUUUCCUGCUGCUUUUGCUGUUAGCCUCUCUGGAGGAGGUGUCGGAGGCUCUAACGGUGACCCCUGGGUCUGAUUAAUCACCAUUUCCUUUGCUUUUGGGUGUAAUUCUUUUUACAAAUGCUCCCUGGCUGUUAACUGCUCCUUUACCCUCGCUCUGCCUCACUUAAUGCCUAAAGCUGCCAUGAACUCAUCAGACUUCAAAGCUGCUCUUGAACCUGAAGCUGUCUCGCUGUGUGCUAGCUGAACCCCUUGUUUAUAUUGUGUUUAUAGCUGCUCUUCGGCCUUGUGUAGCCCACGUGGGCUGUCGAGUUAUCUGGCUCCAGAUGGGAACGGUGACCCCGACAUCGGGACAUGGUCUUGUGUGGACUGCCCAGGGAUACUGGGCGAGGAAACAGCCCUCUGCUUGCGGGAUGGAUGCCGCUCCGAGCUGCGCAGCAGUGAGCGAGCACUGCCUGGCCUCCUCCUGCCAAACUUCUCGGGUACUGGUAGACUUCUUGAUGUAAAAACAAAA